CAUGGGUUGGGCUUGGCAGGCCUUUUUAAGUCAGUCGGCUCUGAGUCUCCUGCCAGUGUGCUGUUGACUGUCUGACAGCGUACACGUUGCUGUCCUCACAUCUGCUGUUUGAAGAGAGAAACGCUCGGCGAGAUGGCAGGGCACAUCUAUAGUGAAGUGGACUUCCACUCGAAGACCAACAACACUGAACACCACACCAGUGCAAUCUCGGUGGAUCAGCUGAUUGUGAGGAGAGGCCAGCCCUUCAAGUUGACCCUCAAACUGAAUCAGCCCUUCAACCCCGUCUUUCACCCGCUUUCCUUCACCGUAGUGACAGGAAGCCAUCCCUCUGAGGAGCGGGGGACAAUGUCACACUUCGGUGUCCCCGAUCGUGUUGACCGUUCACCACUGGCAAAAGCAGUGUGGAAGGCCGAGCAGGAAAGGAGCUACUCCCUUCUGUCGAGCAUCUUGAACCUGACCAUUACCCCCCCAGCUGACGCCCCCAUUGGGAUGUACAACCUGAGUGUGACACAUGGGAAUGAGAAAAGGUUGCUGGGAACGCUGCUGGUGCUCUUCAACCCCUGGUGUCCUGGUGACUGGGUGUUUCUGUCCGAUGAAGAGCAGAGACAGGAAUAUGUGAUGAAUGAUCAAGGAAUCAUCUACAAAGGAAGUGGAAACUAUAUCUUCCCUAUGAACUGGGACUAUGGGCAGUUUGAGGAGUCCAUGGUGGAGAUUUGUAUGAAAAUAUUGGACCUCAACCACAAACACAAGAGGGACCCAGCUGAUGAUGUUUCUGCUCGCUGCAACCCCAUCUACGUCAGCCGCGUGGUCAGCGCCAUGAUCAACAGUAACGAUGACCGCGGCGUCGUGCAGGGCCGCUGGAGCACUCCGUACACGGGCGGCGUGGCGCCCACUCACUGGAACGGAAGUCACGCCAUCCUCACGCAGUGGCUCAGACGCGGCUGCUACCCGGUCAAGUACGGCCAGUGCUGGGUGUUCGCCGGCGUCAUGUGCUCAGUGAUGCGUCUGCUGGGUAUCCCCUGCCGCGUGAUCACCAACUUCCAGUCAGCCCACGACAACAACAGGAAUCUGAUCAUUGACGUGUACCACGCCGACUACGGAGUGAGACCGAAACCGAGUCCUGACAGUAUUUGGAACUACCACGUGUGGGUGGAGGGGUGGAUGAGGCGGCCAGACCUGACAGUAGAUGGCAAAUAUGACGGCUGGCAAGUUCUGGAUCCAACCCCACAGGAGAGGAGUGAUGGUGUUUUCUGCUGUGGUCCAGCGCCAGUCAAAGCCAUCCUGGAUGGAGAAACACACCUGAAAUACGACGUCCCGUUUGUCUUCGCUGAGGUCAACGCCGACUGUGUUGACUGGCUGGUCAAAGCUGACGGGUCACACGUGAAGAUCUGGUCUGACACUAAGAGAGUCGGUCAGAAUAUCUCCACCAAGUCUGUCGGCUCCAACAAGAGGCUGAACAUCACCGACACCUACAAACACAGAGAGGGAACUGAAGAGGAGAGGUCUGUGUUCAAAUACGCCUGCACCAGAGACUACUCCAAACUAGCUUACUACGAUGACGUGGAGGUGAACGUCGCAAAUGCAGGGAUGCCGCACAGUGACGUGAAUGAGGAGUCGGUCGAUAAUGAGGAGACGGAGGAGCCAGUCAAUAAUGAGGAGACAGGAGGGAACGCGGCGAAUGAGGAAAACGUGGACAGCACCCCUCAAGUGCCGCAAAUAACCAUGCGAUUUGAAGAGGUGUCCAAACCGAUGAACGGAAAAGACGUGAGCCUGAAGCUGGUGCUGCACAGUAAGAGUGCUGUUGCCAUGCAGCUGUCCAUCAACAUCAGCGUCCAGGCCAUGAGGUACAACGGCACACCAGCUGCAAACAUCAAGUCUGAGGUGAAGGAGGAGACGCUGCAGCCUGGCAAAGAUCUGUUCAUCCCAGUCCUGGUCCCAUUCUUGGUCUACCAUGAACACAUAGUGGACCGUGAAAGCAUGAAGAUUUCAGCCGUGGUCAUGGACAAAUUGAACCCAGUCAACACAUGCCUGGCUGUGAACGACGUUGUGCUGCUUGACCCUCCCAUCUCCGUCAAAGUGUUCGGUCCGGUCAGAGUGAACCGUGAGACAUAUGGGGAAGUGGUUUUCAUGAACCCGGCACAGGAGACGCUGAAGAACUGCAGUCUGACUUUCUCAGGGAGUGGCCUGUGGGAAAAGGACAUGGAAUACAAGUUUGCAGAUUUGAGGCCAAACUCCAGAAUCACCAUCAAAUUCACCUUUGCUCCCUACAAGACCGGAAAGAAGACUCUCACAAUCGGCUUCAACUGCUCCACCUUCAGGGACAUCAAGGGCUGGUGCCUUGUCGAUGUCGAGCCAUAAAUUUCUCGGGGUCACACUCUGCAGGUUUACAGCUGCUUCUGUGUGAAGAAAUCUCUGCUGGCUUCUGAUGUCACCCUCGACAUGAUCUUGAUGUCAUGCAGCCUUUGGUUCUCAGUCCGGUCAGACUUCCUGUUGUUACUUCUGCACAUGCACUUGUGAUUUUCCUGCAUACUGAUUUUGGUGAACCUUCUUUAUUAUUGUGACUUUAUUUAAUUUUUGUUUAAAGGCGUAAUCAUGUGGUUUUCAAUCAAAUGUGGGUGCAGGGUGUAAAAAGCCACUUGACUAAAAGCUGUGAGUUUUGGUCAAAACAAAAUGUUUUCCUUGUUGCUUUGCAUUUUUGUGAAGUUGCUGCUCCUGCUGUCCAGACUGUUUGUGUCGUGUUAAAUAUUUGGGUAAAGUGGCAGCUUUAGAAAGAACCAUUGUCGGUUUAAAUUCAUUAUUCAUUCAUUAUUUAAAAUCAAGCCAUCCCUCCAUUUUCUCCCACUUACCCGGGGACGGGUGGCAGGGGCAGGUAUCCCGGGCACCCGUCUCCUGCACUAUGUUUUCCAACUCUUCCUGGGGGGGUCCCAAGGCUUCCCCAGGCCAUGACUUAAGAUGUCUUUCAAAAUGAAAAAGGGAUGAGCUUAAGAGCGAUGCCCGAGCCAGCCUGUAGCAACGAGCCAUCCAUCAAAAUAAACCACGGAGUGUGUGUUCGUGGUGAUGAAGGUACAUGUUUCCCAGGGCAGCAGUUUGACUCACUGUGCUUCUGGGAGUUUUUGGAGCCCUGCCGUAUUUGUAAUGGCAGCUGCUUCAGUAAACAAGAUUCUUUUUUUUCUGAACAUUUUCACUCUGGAUCUUAUUGAGACUGUUAACAUGUGUUGCUGUUUGUUUAAGGUCUGAGUUUGAGGCCACCUGACGCGGACACUGAUAUCAUAUAAAGUCUUCAGAAUCAUAAGCGAAGAUCCUCCAGAUACCAAAGACAGGAAACAUGAAAUGAUUCUUCUUUAUGGACACGCUUGUGUGUUGCAGGAAUGACUUUAUAUGCGUGUCACUUUUGACCUCAUGUACACUGAAUGUACACUGAUAUAAAUAUGUGAUAAACCAGUAUUAGAAACAGUACAUGCAGACUGGUGGUUACAUGUCGAAUUUAAAGUUUACAUAAAAGAAGAGCGCAGCUAAUCCUGAUGCACUCACACACACUCAGCUGUUUUCUCUCAGCAGUUUUACCCAAAGUCUUUUCAUCUCUUUGCUUUAAAUGAAUCAAAAAUAAUAAUAAUAAAAAAAUUAAUUAAAAUAAAAAAUCAAUCCUUUAAUUCUCCAUACCUGCUUGUUCCUGCUCCUGGAGGAAACAGAGCUUUACUCCUCUGAGACACAUUCUGAAUUUUAUAUCUUUUAGGCAUUUAUGUUAUCAUCUUACAGUGAGACAAAAACAAAUGUUCCUUUAGCAUAAAUUCUGUCUCUGAAGUCCUGAGGGAGCUGGUGUUGAGGUGUCCCCUUGUAGUCCAAAUGCUAUGGAAGCUGCAUAGUUUCAUUGUUUGCAUGGUGCUAAUUAAUAUUUAAGCAACACAAAUAAAUAAAAUGUUUACUGAAA